AUGAGUGGGGGCUGGAACACAAUUGAAUCCGAUGCGGGCGUGUUCACAUCGCUGAUAGAGAACCUGGGCGUCAAGGAUAUUCAGUUUGAAGAGCUCCUCACCCUGGACCCUUCGGAGCUGCUUGCGCUGCAGCCCGUCCACGGUGUCAUCUUCCUCUUCAAAUACCCAACCGACAAGCCCUAUGCCACACCCGACGGUCCUAUUGAUGGUACGUUUGAUCAUGCCGCCUCAGACAAGAUAUUCUUCGCCGCGCAGACGAUACAAAACGCGUGCGCGACGCAGGCGCUGCUCAGCGUGCUGUUGAACCAGACGGGCGACUCCUCCGACACUGCCGCCGCCGACACUGUCGACAUUGGCGAGAAGCUGCGCGACUUUCGCGAUUUUACCAUGGUACUGCCCCCCGAGUUCCGCGGCGAGGCGCUGAGCAACUCGGACCUCAUCCGCGAGGUGCACAACAGCUUCGCGCGCAGCGCGCCCUUUGUCGACGAGACGCAGCGCGACCCCAACGCCGAGACCGAGGAUGCCUUUCACUUCGUCGCGUACACGCCCGUCGACGGCACGCUCUACGAGCUCGAUGGCUUGCAGCCGGCACCCAUUGCGCACGGCGCUUGCUCGCGCGACGAUUUCCCGCGCAAGGUGGUAGACGUGCUGCAGCGUCGUGUCGCCCGCUACGAGACCUCGGAGAUUCGCUUCAACCUGCUGGCCAUGUGUCGCGACCUGCGUGUGCGCGCCCGCGCAUUUGGCGAUGCUGAGCUGCUGGAAACAGAGGAGCGCAAGCGCCGCGCGUGGCGCUUUGAAAACGCCCUUCGCCGCCACAACUUUGUCGGCUUCGCGGGCGAGGUGCUCAAGGGCGUGGCUGGCGAUCGCCUUCGUGCGGGUGGCGACCAGGCUGUUGAGACGUGGGUGAGCGAGAGCUUGGAGAGGAGAGUGGCGACCGAGAAGGCGGCGAGAGCAAGAGCGGGCGAUGGAGAUGUCCAUAUGAGCUAG